GUAAAGCGCUAAAGCCCUCGCUAGACCCAUAGGAGGAGAAACAGCAAGCCAGUCCCAGCCAGUCACACAUCCAGCGGGCCAGUGGGUGGAGUGGGUGGCCAGCCAGCAAACCUGAUGAGACUCUGGUUUUCCGGGUAAAUUUCCAUCUGUCGGUAAUAUGUCAGCCAGGAACGCCGGUUCAGUUCUCGACCUGGACUGGAUAUCCAGAGUCAGGGUGAAUCAUCAGGCGGUCCUGAAACGGGCUCAGUACAUUCAGAGUCUGAAGGUCUCCAAGAAGCAGUGGCAGGCCGCCUGGCUGCUGAAGGCCGUGACCUGCAUCGACCUGACUACCCUGGCAGGAGAUGACACGCCAUCAAACGUUCAUCGGCUCUGCCUCAAAGCCAUCCAGCCAGUCCGACUGGACCUCCUUAAGAACAUGGACAUGCAUGACAAAGGAAUAACAACAGCAGCAGUCUGUGUGUAUCCAUCACGUGUGGCCGAUGCUGUCAGGUCCCUGAAGGCAGCCCACUCUGACCUACCUGUUGCCUCAGUUGCCACCGGUUUCCCAGCAGGCCAGACCCCACUGGAGACCCGUCUGCAGGAGGUCCGAUUGGCUGUGAGAGACGGUGCAGCAGAGAUCGAUGUUGUCAUCAAUCGUACUCUGGCUCUGAGCGGGCAGUGGGAAGCUAUGUAUCGGGAGCUUCACCAGUUCCGAGAGGCGUGUGGCGAUGCCCACAUGAAGACCAUCCUGGCUACUGGAGAGCUGGGAACGUUCACAAACAUCUACAAAGCCAGCAUCGUCUCCAUGAUGGCAGGUUCAGACUUCAUUAAGACCUCUACAGGAAAGGAGCCCAUCAAUGCUACUUAUCCUGUUGCCAUAGUGAUGGCUAGAGCUAUCCGUGACUACUACCUUUCUACAGGAUACAAGGUGGGCUUCAAGCCGGCUGGGGGGAUCCGGACGGCCCACGAGGCUCUGGUGUGGCUGACUUUAAUCAAAGAGGAAUUGGGCCCUGAUUGGCUCUGUCCUCACCUGUUUCGCCUUGGAGCCAGCAGCCUAUUGGCUGAUAUAGAGAGGCAGAUCUACCAUUAUGUGACUGGACGGUAUGCAGCCUUUCAUGAGCUGCCUAUGGCCUGAACCCACACACGUCCUGAUCCAGUUCUAAUCAGAACCUCAGACACACCUGGUUAACUAAUCAGUAAGCAUAAUGUCUAUAGUCACAUUUUGUUAAUUAGAGUCCUGGAUGUGUUUGGUCCUCUACAUCCCACCGGGGGCUUCUGACCAGGACUUUUUUUCAUCCACGUGUCCUUGGUACAGCAUAAACAGAAAAAGACCCAAAUUUGGUUUAUUGAGUUUAGAAGAACCAAGCUGGGAUUCAAGAUGAUUUGAGAUGAAGAAGAUCAGCACACGACUCACAAAUCAGGUGUUUCAGACUCAGCUUUGCACCUUUCUGCUGACCAGUACCAAUGCUGGGACGUCCAUAUGGGUCUAAAGCUCAUCUCUGUGUGGUUUAGAGUUCCACUGCUGAAUCCAGAUUCACACCGACUACCAGAUGGCUCCGGCUGAAGAGUAACAUCUUCUGAUGAUCACAAAGAUCUGAUGUCAUGUUGACUUAAUGAUUUAAUCAUAAUUACAGAAGAUAAAUAAAGACUGACCCAAGUUUUAA